AUGAAAAUGUUGUUCGUCCUCGCUAUGCUGUCCUUCCUCCUUGUGAAUGUUGGCUCUCAGGGAACGGGAACUUCGACGAGGUUCAAUUCUUCUUCGAUACCUUGCGAUACUGAUGAAGGAAUGAGACACGUGUUUGUGCACUUCUUCCGCAAGGCUGGGAAAUAUCGAAGAUGGGAUGUGCGUCUGGCGAGAUAUGCUAGAAUGGCCUUGUAUAUCCCAAGUACUAAAAAGCUAGGCUGUUACCAAGCUCAAGAGUUGGAAGAUCACAUCGACAACCUAAGGAACCAUGGCAAGGAAUGCAUCAGGCUCUACGACAACUCAAGUCCCACCUCUCCGAGGUAUGUC